CUGCUGCCUGCAUAAAAUAACCGCAUAAAAUGUCGUUAAGUAUAACGAAAUUGAGUCUGCACAUAAAUUCAGAUUAUGAGAUUAAAAUGUUGUGAUUUUCGCACAUCGGAGCGGAGAGCGUAUACCCGAAAAACCCUUUUCAUAAUGAAAUCCAGUGUGGUAGGAGGGUCCGGUUAUCCCUACUCACACACACACACACACACACAGACACGUACGCACACAUAGUGAAGCUUAUUGAAAAAUGCGAUGGAAUCAGCAAUAGCCACAGAGAGAGAGAGCCAACAGAGCAGCCGGAUAGCAGCAGUCAAGCCAAUUUAAUGAGUUUACAGCGCCCUUUUUGCCUUUAAGCGGAAUUUUAUGAAACAAAAAUACAACACAGUCGGUGGCACAGUGGAAUGAAAGUGUGAUAAGUUGAUUGUUGAAAGCAGACAGCUAUCCGUCCGUAGAAGCAGAGAAGCACUGUGAGUUCUUUCUUUAGAUCUCUGAAGCAAGGCGAAACUGAAUCACAGAGUUAUUUCAUAGCAAAGAAACCCAUGCAGAGGACACAACUAUGGAUCCACAUGAUGCCCAACCACGAAUCACACACCACUGUGGCCCCGCUGUAGAAUAAUAAAGAAGUUGCGGUUGUAUCCGGCGAUCAAAGUCAAAUAUUUGGCUUGAAUGUUUACAAAUUUUGGGUCAGCUGGUAAUUUGACCAAACUCAUACCGAAUUUUCAUGUGAAAUUCCCAAAAUAUGGUUGGACCCUCGAGGAAUGCCAUCAGCUGUCGCUUCAUUAUGACGCUAAUUGUGAGGCCAGAGAGCGCGCACUGCCAAAAGGAUUAACAUCGUAGAGGACGAGCAACGUGUCCAUAGAACGUUGGCAAGAACAAACAGGAUACCUUGUGCCUUGUGCUACCGACGGCGACGGGGACGGUUGCAUGACCCAUAAACAGUUUAGUUUGACUUAAUCCGGUUAUGUAUCCGGAUUAGCGAAGAGCGACAGAGAGAGGGGUAAUUUUUUGCGAUUCGUUUGGCUGCUGCUCCCGGGACUUUACGACACUUUUUAGGUAAUGAAUGGGAUUACAGUUUUUUUUUAAUCCACUCUCCCAGUGGCUGGGUCCAGCUGUAAAAAAUCUAAUGACUCGUAAAAAGUGCACCGCAGGUCAGCCGGCGAUUGAAUGACCUGCUCCGCGCCGCACCGCGCCGCCCCGCCCCGCACCGGUCAUGAAUGGGCGGCAGGUCAGAAAAAGUACCUCUCAAUGCGUAUAAAUUCUGGUGUCGGCACUGACGUAACCAGCAAACGCACUCAAGCCAUCCAGCAACCAAGAUGUGUCUCGUACAGAAGAAAAACAGCGCACAGCCCGAGGCCCAGCAGCUGCCACAGAAGCAGGAGACGACGAGUCAGAGUCCGAGUCCGACGCCGCAGCCUCCAUCCCCCACCGCCGCCUAUGUGAUGUUCAAGCACCGCGAGGAGCUGAGCCGACGCAAUGGGCGGACGGCCCGCGCCUCCCUCACCAAGAUUCAUCUGACCACCGAACUGAUAGCCCGCACCAAGCAGAACAUUCGACAGUGCAGCUUCGAGGAUCUGGCCAUCCUGGCCAGGGAGACGAUCUUCCGCAAGAGUCUGCAGCGUCGCCUGCACUACAGACGCAUGGAAAUGGGACUGAAGAUCAAACAGAAACGCAUGGCCCACAAGUGAGGGAAAAGUCUGAUAAAGAACAGCACAAGUGAUAACCCAAGAGCCCCUAUUAUAAUAAGAUUGUACAUUUUACAUUUUGGCCAUAGUUUAAUUUAAGUUCAAGCUUCAAGCACAUGUAGAAAUAUUUCCAAACACCUAAAUUAAACUUCAAUCAUUUAGAAAAACCCCCAUUUUCCGUAUAUUUUGCACAUCUUAUCCGCUUGGAUCUUCCAGUGUGGCAAUUUUCCAUUUAAAUAUUUGAUAGCCUUCCCAACACACUGACAAAGCAGUUUUUGAAGGGGGGUCCAGGUCCUGCACUUGUAAUGGGUGUAAAAACAAAUUUACACAUGAUUACCAGCCCAAGCUGCAGAACAGAACAGAACAGAACAGAACACUGCGAACAUUUAAUACAACUCAAACAGAAUGGUGCGUUGCAUAAAUUUGAACAGGCUCUGGGUUUGGGUCCCCCUCCAACGCAGCUCCAGCUGCAGCUGCAGCUCCAGCGUCUGCUUCUGCUUCUGCUUCAUCGUCGUUCGCUGUGGUGUAGAAAAAUUUUUGCCUUUUUAGACUACAUAAAUUUUAAUUAAAUGUCACUCAUACGCCAUGUAUGCCAAGCACAAUGUACGUAACGUAGAGUUGUCGUCCCCGUGACUGGUAGUGAGUGUGUGUGCGUGCAUUUGAGCUCUACAGAGCGAGAGUGUCGGAGCGAAGAGAGUGCCACAAAUGAAUGCACGGAGAAGUGGCGCACGAAUUACAGUUUAUUGAACAGCAAGGAGCAACGAGGGGAGUGAAAGCAAAGCGAAGUGGAGCAUCUAAAGCGAUGCAUAAAAACAAAGGGGAGCAUCGUGGAAAGUAAAGAGAACUCUUGAUGGCAAAAGCAAACUGCUGGCUGCCUGCUGUUGCCACUAGUCUGCUGUUGGGAAUAAUUCUGAAAAGCAUCUAUCUCCCAUCUAAAAAUAUUUUAAAGUUUCCCGCGUGUCUCACACUCUCAAGAAUUGAGAUCCUCUAGAAAGUUCUGAUCCCUUAUUUGUGAUAUUUUCUCUCUACUAUAACCACUAGGAAACCACAUCUUCGUUGCUGCAAAACGAUGAAUAAACCUAAAAAUAAAAUGCUGGAGACGAACACGAAGCCAAUUGCCCUUCCGUUGGUUAGCAGCUUGCUCUAAUUAUUAUUUUUUGCUUAUUUUUCCAACUUUUUCUCCUCUUUCUCCAUCAUUUUGUUUGUUUCCCCAAAAGGGAAUGAAAUCGGGGAUGGGAGACUGGGUGGACUUCAAAUCUGUGGCGUUUCCUGGUUUUUCGUGCAUUUUCAUAAAACUUUCCCAGCAUGCAUUAUUCAUGUGCUCUCUACAGCAAUUACUAUGGUCCAGCAGGCAGGCAGUGGGGUGGUGGGGUGGUUGGGUGGUGGGUCCUUAAUGAAAAACCAUCAUGGCCAAACAAUAUCUUUCGUUGCCAUUUGCCACUUGAAACUUUUUCAAUAAUUUUUAACAUGUAUGCGUUCGCUCGCUCGUUCUUUCUUUCUUGACAAAUUAACUCAAGAGCGCAAUGAAGUGUUUAUUGUGCCUGGCAAAAGUUUUUCCACGCUCUUUCUCCACUCAAGGCGUUGCCUGGGAAACACAUACACACAUACAGCCAAACACAUGCACAAGGAUACUCGUAGAUUAACAAUCGGCGCUAAACUACUAGCGACGCACAUUUAUUAUUAUUUAAUUAAAAUUGAUUAAAUUUGUGUUGGUUUCUUUAUUUGUAGUUUAUUUAGCAUUCAAGCCACGUUCAUCAAAACAAUUUUGUGGAAAAAUGAAAUGUUGAAGGUAUAGAAUAUAAUUUAAAUUAUGCCGAAAAUCAAAUAUUUCGAGUGGCGUGAAUAGGAAGAUAAUUAUCAUGGAACAACCGGAAGGCUUUGUUUUAGUAUGCAUUAUACGAAAUAUCAAAAAUAUUGUCACGAAUUUUGAUUUGAGAAUGAAAACAUUUAAUUGUGCGGACAGCUCGAAAAGCCUCAACAAGAGAACCUCAUUAGAGAAAUAGACUACUUCCUAUCCCAUGCCCCAAUGGGCUCAGGCUCCUCGCCACAAAAUAUAGUCGCAGGCACUCUCUUAAAUCUCUUUAUGGGGCUCCGCUUCAAUGUACAUAAUAAUAACAAUAAUAGCAUUGUAAGAACUUAAUGUCUUCUUCGUGUGUCCCCGAGUGUAUUGUGUUGCCAUGGCCAUUGAGCGGAGCGAAGGCCAGGGAGCGUAAUCGUCAUGGUGGCUUACAGCAAUUUGUUAUUAAUUUCCGCGUUGAAAAGUUGAAAAAAACAAAAAAAAAAAACGGAAGAAAGAAAGAAAACAUCACCAGGAACAACAAAGUUUUUUGCUCUCUUUUGUUUGUCCGGUCCAGGCUCUCCCCCUCCGGCUGCUUCCAUCUCGCUCUGUCUCGAUGCCACUUGGCAUUCAUUUAAUGCGAAAAGUUAUUGUUGUUUUUGCUGUUGCCUGUUGCCUUUUGGUUGUUGGUUGUUGUUUGUGUUUGUCGUUUGUGUGUUGCCACAUUAAAACAUGGCCCAUAAUGGUUAACAAGGCAUUUGCUUGUUGACCAUCGGAGAGGGACCAAAUGAGCAUCAGAACUUGUGUGCUUACGAUGUCCAACAUGUGUAAUAAAUAUAUUCCACUGACGCUUGCUCUUGCGUGGCCCUGCCACAAUGCGUGUCCUGUCUGUAUUUCUGUAUGGUGGUGGUGAUGGUGGGGGGAGCAAAGAGUUGGGGAACAGAUUUAUUAAAUGGGAGGUAAGGUAGAACUGCUCUUGGCCUCUGCUACAAUACUCUGAUUGCCUUACCUUCUCUUGAAUAUACCUCUCGUGGGCUAUUGGAGUCUGGGGUAUGCGUGUGUUUGUGUUUGCCUGAAAGUUUUGUUUGUUUGGCAGGUAAUAAAUUGGAAUAUGCCUCUGCUUCUGCUCUCUCCACUCUCCCUCUCUCUCUCUCACUCUCGCUGUGCGAUCUGCACGAUGACGCGGCCAAAGUAUUACAAUAUUUGAAAUGCACUGUGCCCCGCGCAGUAUGCAAUGAAAAAUGUCAGAACAACAAUGUUAAUAUGGCUGCCAAAGGACACGGCGGAGCACGGGGGGAUUACAGAAGUGUGUCAGUGCGAUGUUGUUGCUGCUGUUGUUGUUGUUGUUUUUGUUGUUGGUGCUGCAUGAAAGUGCAAGUUUUUGCUUAUUGUUGGCAACGCUCUUCGGGUGCUGCUGCUCCUCCAGUAACCUUCAGCCAAGAACAAUAAAAUUGCACAGAAAUGAAACUGAAAUGGGUCUCUCACACAAAUGGAAAACUAUGAAAAGCAAAGGCAGCGGCACCAGCGUGGAAAAAAUAACAUUUUAAAUGCGUUCUUUAUACCCUCAACGUGGCAGAGGGUUGCUCUGUUUUCCUGUCCAUGGAGGCGUUGAAUAUCUAUUUGUUUGCGGAAGAUCUUGUCUUGUCCUUCUUGUCUCCCCGUAUCUUAGGAUAUGCCACUAGUCGGUAGUUCCCCUGCAGCGUCUGUGUGCAGCGUCUUUGGCUGGGAAAUAUGUAAAUGCGUUGGCUGUCGCCCUGGCCAACACAUUUGCACUUGACUGAAACGCGUUAGCCGCUUUCCUUGUAGUGGAUUUUCGGGGCCUGCCAUCCUGCAGCUGUCUUGAGCUCCAAAGGGGGUGUUAGAGUGAGUGCGACAGGGGGGAUGGGGAUGUGUGGGCUGUGAAGUGACUGGCGGGUUUCAUGUAACCAAGACACCAUCUAGCAGCAGCGACUGAUGUGGCGCCAUUGUUGGGGCAGGUUUAGAGUGCAGCCAAAUGGAUGCUGAACCAGCUGUAGAAUGCAGCACACACACACACACACACACACACGUGCACAAUUUUCCUGGCAUUUAUAUUAACAACAUAAAGUGCCGAAUCACGACAGGUGCCAAAA